CUUGUUCCUCUUCCUCCGCGAUUAUUCGAGAAACUCUUAACGAAAGAGCGAGAGAACAGAAGAGAGAAGAGCAAUGGCGUCGUUGUUGCAAUCACUGGUGGAUCCAAAGAAGAACUGGUUCGCUCGUCAGCACAUGAAAUCCCUUUCCAAACGCCUUCGCAAAUACGGGCUACGCUACGAUGAUCUGUACGAUCCGUACUACGAUCUGGAUAUAAAGGAGGCCCUGAAUCGGCUUCCAAAGGAGAUAGUGGACGCUCGCCACGCGCGUCUUAAGCGUGCCAUUGACCUUUCCAUGAAGCAUGAGUACCUCCCUGAGAAUCUUCAGGCAAUGCAAACACCAUUCAGGGGCUACCUUCAGGAAAUGCUGGCCCUUGUGAAGAGGGAAAACGCGGAGCGUGAAGCAUUGGGAGGUUUGCCCCUCUAUCAACGAGCCAUUCCUUGAUUGCCUUAAGUAUUGCAUAAAUCUAUUUUGAUUGCAGUGGGAGGUUGAAAUUGUAUUAAAGUUGUGGUAGAAUGUUUUCCUUGGAGAAGAAAAAAUGGACAAGGAACCGUAUUUUUUAAUGGUAUAAACUGCCUCAAGCAUUUUCUAAUAAAUGGCAACAAUAAACUCGUUUGCCUUCAAAACUUAGAGCUUGCAUAUUCUUUUGGCUUUCUGUUUAUUUGUGUAUUUUUUGAACUCCUUACUUUGUGUUGCCUGAAUGGAGAUGAGAACUAAAACGAC